AUGGGUUCAAGGCCAAUUUCUUCCCUGCGAGCAGAAGCCUCCAAGACGAACAAAUCCCAACCAAGUAUCGGGCUUUUAAGUGAUAGGAGGAGAAGAAAUGAGCUCGCCAGUGUCCAUGGGUUUUCGAGGCGGUUUGACCUUGAUUCGCCAUCCACGAUGAACAGACCCUUGUUGCCUGGUCAUCUCAAAGUUGAUUUUGGUGAUUUGGUAGCACUUGAAAAAGCUUUUAAAGAAAAUGGAGAUCGGAUAGCUGGAUUUUUGUUCAAACCCAUCCAAGGAGAAGCUAGGGUUGUUAUUCCCCACGAUGGUUAUUUAAAAUCUGUAAGAGAGCUUUGCUCAAAAUACAAUAUUUUAAUGAUUGCUGAUCAAAUCCAAUCUGGCUUAGCUAGAUCGGGAAAAUUGCUAGCUUGUGAUUGGGAAGAAGUUCGCCCUGAUGUAAUGAUAUUAGGAAAAGCCUUGGGUGAUGGAGUGAUCCCUGUAAGUGUAGUUCUUGCAGACAAAGAUGUGAUGCUCUGUAUCCGACCUGGAGAGCAUGGAAGGUUUGCAGUUAUAACUGUUCUCGACCUCUAUCUUAUUUCAGAGAAAGCAAUUUAAGUAGUGGCUUUAUUAUUCAGGAACUUGUUGAUAUUGAUUCUAAUCAUUACUAGCUAAUGCACAUUUAUGGCUCCUAAAACCAAAAAUAAAUAUCAGUUGUGACUUUGCCUCAAUGUAUUUUAUAAGAUGUUAAUAGAGAGAGAACCAUAUCACCACCAAAAAAUGUUUAUGAAAAAGUGGAAGUAGUAUGAACAAGGUCUAUAGACUCUAUACAUAUUGUUCGCACAACAUACCAGGAAAUUCUAUUUAGCAUCACAGGUUGUUAC